UGCAAAAAAAUGCAGUUUCUUGUUCUACUAGUUCUUUUGCCACUGGCAUGGGGAACGCCAGUGGUAAAGAAUCCCAUGAUAACUGAAGGACUGUUUGAAGGAGACAUCAAGGGGAUUCCUGUAGAUGCAGACAGAAACGCUGUUCCAAGAGAUGCCCAGCGGUGGCCAAAUGGGGUCAUUCCUUAUGAAGUCGAUAGCAGCAGAGCUGAUACCUGGAAUCUUAUUGCGGGUGCAAUGAAGCAUAUUCAAGACAGAACGUGCAUUCGUUUUGUUCGAAGAACUACUGAAAGAGAUUACAUCAGAAUUGUGAAAGAAAACGGAUGUUGGUCUUACUGGGGUCGCCUGGGAAUUGGAAUGCAAAAACUGUCCCUCGGAAGUGGUUGCGAAAAUCACGCUGUCAUAGUUCACGAACUCAUGCAUGCGAUUGGAUUCGAACACGAACACAACAGAAGUGAUCGAGAUGACUACCUGAUCAUCAACUGGAACAAUAUUCAAAGCCAAUGGCACAGUGCGUUCCAGAAGCUUCGAUCUGACCAAAACAGGCUGUUGACCAGAUUCGAUUACGAUUCUAUCAUGAUGUACGGAGAACAAUCUUUCAGCAAAGGUCAAGGAUAUCCCAGCAUGUCGUCCAAGGACGGAAGGCACCUGCCUGAAGCAUACAACAAGCCUGGUCUUACUAAUUCAGACAUUCAAAGAGUGAAGAUAUUGUACCAGUGCUAGUUCAAAUGUUGUAAAUGUUCUGCUAUCGAUGUUUGUGAGUUGAACUAAAUAAAACAAAACCUCC